AAAUUAGAAACAGAAGAAACAUAUCAAUAACUUAAAGCCAGUUUCUGACACCAAAGAAAAAGGAAAGGAACUUGAUCCAUAUUCUGUCGUGGACUUGAGAGUCUUUCAUAGGACAGUAAAUUCCAAACACACCAAUGGCUUCAACCUCUUCUGCUCUCACUGUAUCCUCUUCUUCCACACUUUUUGAUGGCAAGGCUCCAAGGCACUCACCACCUCUUUCUCCACAAUGUGUCAGCCUUCCCCUUCCCCAUUUCCACUCUCAAAACCGUUCAUGGAAGACCACUGCUUAUAAUGGCAAGAUUGCUCGUAAUGUUAUUGCAAUGGCCACAGGAGAGGCACCGGCCGAAGCUUCCUCGACUGAGGUGCCAGAGAUUGUCAAGACUCUUCAAGAAACUUGGGACAAAGUUGAUGAUAAGUAUGCAGUGAGUUCACUGGCCCUGGUUGGUGUGAUUGCAUUAUGGGGCUCAAUUGGAUUGAUCUCAGCAAUUGAUAGGCUUCCCUUGAUUCCUGGGAUUCUUGAGAUUGUAGGCAUUGGCUACACUGGGUGGUUCGUAUAUAAGAACAUAGUUUUCAAGCCAGACAGGGAAAAUUUGGUACAGAAAGUAAAAGAAACAUACAAUGAAAUACUCGGGAGCAACUGAAAGAGGUAGCAAAAUGCUGAGAUGAUGUAGGCAUGAAAGGAUCAUAUCUUUAAGCUUCCUGUUGAAGAUUUCAUCAUGCUUCAUUUUAUGGCCAUAAGCUUCUGACCAUACUUUAUCCCAAGCACUGUGUGUACGAAAAAGAUUGUAUCAUUUUAUAUAUCUUAAUCCACUUUUAAGACAGCUUCAUUUCCUCAAUUAUCUGUAGUGGUUGGUUACAAGGAUAAGAAAAAGCAAUUGAGUUCAUCAAGCUGAAUUCAAUGACUUUGAAAGAAUUUUUUAUGAGCCUAUUUGUUAUCUAUCUGCAUGCAACUUGCUUGCAUACUACCUAUUUGAUUUUAUUACGGUUCAUAAUUUCA